AUGUCCCAAAAAUACGACGUCCACCACACAUUCGACAGCCGAGGACCUCUCCAGCGCCCCAGCACCAGCGCCGACAUAAGCGACUACAUCCCGCUGCAAGCCGGUCGCGAAAAUGUGCACGAACCCACCCCCUUCGACGUCCUCGAAUGGCUCUCCGUCUUCUACGGCCAGAAAGUUCCUCCGCUGCCCGUGAUGCGCGCGCGAGAUAUCGAAGAAGUUCCUGAUCAGAGACUACGGGAAACCAUGGAGGAGUAUCAACUCCUUACCCCGACGGUGAAGGGCAUGAAAUUAAAUCCCUUUACCGAAAUUGGGAUUGAGGGAUUUCCAUUGAUUGAGGAUACGAUGUUUAAUAUCGUACGCAGCUAUCCGGCUGAUGAGCAGUAUCAGGGUCCGCAUAAUUUGAUUUGGUUGGUGUCGAAUUCGUAUUGGAGAGCGGUGGCCUGGGCCAUCUACGGCAACUGGGAACUCUGGCCGCACGUAAAAGCCCAUCACCGCAUGGUGUUCGACCAAGUGCUCGCCACCCCCAAACAUCCCCGACACAUACUAUACCAUCGGCUGAACGAAAAGCGGAAAGGUCACAACAACCUCAACAUCAAAGAGCGCCUCGGGAUUCCCUACUGCGCCAUCCGGCACGACGACAUCCAGCAGGUCACCGCCGAUAUGUACGGCAUCUGCCUCAUCAUCUUCACAUGUCGACCCGCAGGCCAAACGGUGAACAUUCCCGGCUUCAGUACCGACCAAUCCCCUCGCCACUUUGCGCCGACGAUCCGCGGAGAGUUCAACCGACCGCAUAAAUUCAUCCGACUCUCCAUCGGCAUGGUGCCCGGAAGAUACAGGCAACACGCCGAUGCGAAUCUGUUGCCGCUCUGGCAGAUGUACGAGCCAAUGAUGCUCAACAUACCGAAUUUUCGACACUCGGAUUUCAAAUACGUACGUCCGAUGUAUGAGAAUACACGGGGGUCAUUACCCUUGACUGCGUCCCUGCGGCCGAUGGAUUACGACGGGGUGAAUCAUCCGUGGAGGGCAGUGAAUGUUGCCUGGGCCGACGGGUAUGGUGGUCAACAAAGGGGACUUCCCGAUGCGCUUACACAGCCGGCGAAUUGGCCCGAGGCGUUUCCGCGAAAACCAAUGUCCCUUACGAUUGCGAUGGGAUGUGUACUUUUGAAAGAUGGUGAUCCCAAGGAUCCACGCUCUUGGGGUCAUGAUUCGCGUAAGAUCGUGUGGAUAAGGCCGGACAAGCCAAAGGGAGGUCAAAUCGCACCGAGACCAGUAUAG